AUGGGAGAUCCUUUGGAGAAGGUUUACAUUUUUUUUGGCUUCAAAGUGCGAGUAAAGCAGGUGCUUGAUGUUUCCGUCCUGAAGAAGAUCGACCAGAAUUCUCUAUAUUUUGUUCCCUGGCCAGCAGGUGUGUCAUCUUUUGAGGAUGAACUUUCAAGGAUUGCGGAAGAACUUCCACUGUCCAUUCGGGUCACCAUUUCUGAUUGGUAUUUUAUUUCCAUCGAAGAAGGCAUCUCUCUGUGGCAAGACUUUCUCCUGUCUCUCAAGCGGAGCCAUGCUAAAAAGAUCCGAAGAUAUUGCAAGAAGCCUCACAAGUUUCACUACACAGUGACGCUCGAAAAGACGCAAAGUCUUGUGCCCAAUGAACUCUUGGCAUGUUACGACUUCCUAUGUCAAACCAUGCGGCACAACGGGGACACACACUUCUACACCAAGGACUCUUUUGUCUCUCACUUGAAUUCGCUGGAAGAGAUUCUGGUUGCGCGCCAUUGUGAUGGACGAAUCUUAGGUUUCUACAGUGGGGCAGUGAUAGGCCAUGACCAUUCACCAUCCUUUCGGAGUUAUGGUGUGUACCACAAUCUCUUCAUCGAGCACGUCAAAUGUGGUCUGCAAGGAGGUGACAAGAUGAUUGACCUUGGGAAUGCUGGAGACUUCUUCAAGCAUGAGCUUGGAGCAAAGGCCUUUCGCUUAGCCUUCUCUCUACGUGGCCCUGGAUCACUUCGGGGUGGACUGGCCUUGACCGCCUGGGCAGCGCAGAGCUGGAUCCAGGUCCUCAGGCUGCAGGAGUGGCCAGUUCUAUUGCAGAUUUUUGUUCUUGGACUGGUGGUGCUUGUUUUGUGGACUCAGAUACAGAGAUGGCUUCCCUUCGUGCGUCUUUGA